GAGCCCACAGAUGGCAAGUUGAGCAGAACUCCAUCAGAGCUUUGUCAUCAGUUCAAACCCGUGGCUUCUUUUCCUAUAUAAACCCAUGCCGCGAAUCACUUUUUGUUCAGAGCUUGCCUUUUGACAUCUACUUUGAAAACCCAUCACCAGAGAUGGGAUUUCGUUUCCGGGCCUUGUGCUUUGUGUUUCUUCUUGAAGUUCUGCUUCUGCUCCUGGAGCAGGCAAGAGCAGCAGGGCAAUUCUACAAUGUGAGCAGUUUUAGUGGGCGAAAGCUAGUGAGUGGGUGCAAUCUGUUCCAAGGAAAAUGGGUGUUCGAUGCUUCUUAUCCUCUUUAUGAUUCUUCGAGCUGCCCCUUCAUAGACGCAGAGUUCGAUUGCCAAAAGUAUGGCAGACCUGAUAAGCAGUACCUCAAGUACGCUUGGAAGCCUGACUCCUGUGACGUUCCCAGGUUUGAUGGAAUGGAAUUUCUAAGGACGUGGAGAGGGAAGAAGAUAAUGUUUGUGGGCGACUCGCUGAGUCUGAACAUGUGGGAAUCGUUGUCAUGUAUGAUUCACGCGUCGGUGCCUAACACCAAAACCAGCUUUGUGAGGAAAGGCACAGUUUCCUCCGCUAGCUUCCAGGACUACGGUGUUACUUUGCUUCUCUACCGUACACCAUACCUUGUAGAUUUGGUGAAGGAAAACGUUGGCCGCGUGCUGAAGCUAGACUCGAUCCAGGGUGGAAAUGCCUGGAAAGGGAUGGACAUGCUGAUCUUCAACACGUGGCACUGGUGGACCCACACUGGAAAAUCACAACCUUGGGAUUACAUGGGAGAGGGGACAAAGCUGUACAAAGAUAUGGACCGUCUGACAGCAUUUUAUAAGGGGCUCAACACAUGGGCCAACUGGGUCAACCUCAAUGUUGAUCCUACCAAAACCAAGGUCUUCUUUCAGGGCAUCUCUCCCACCCAUUAUCAGGGCAAGGAUUGGAAUAGUCCUAAAAAGAAUUGCGGAGGUGAAGGUGAACCUCUAUCUGGGUCAACCUAUCCGGCAGGUACACCUCCAGCUACUGCUGUGGUCAACAACGUGUUAAGUAGGAUUAAGAAACCAGUUUACUUGCUUGACAUAACGACGCUGUCGCAGCUGAGAAAAGAUGCACAUCCUUCCUCCUAUAGUGGUCAGCAUUCAGGCACGGACUGCAGCCAUUGGUGCCUUCCUGGACUGCCCGAUACUUGGAACCAGCUCCUAUUCGCAGCUCUAAUUAUGUGAAGGCUAACAUACCAAAAAAAUUAUAGUUAUUUUCAAAUCAUUGUUUGGUAAAUGCUUGGGGGGGGUCAGAAUAAGAUGGAAAGAUCAAUUGUAAAGUAAUUGAUUGUCUUAACUACAUAUAUCUCUCUUUUCUACCUUAGUAACCUCAUAUGUACUUCAAAUAUUUAUUCAUGCAGGUUUAGAGCUAUCCGAAUUGUGAACUUUUGAAUUUGCUGA